AUGUCUCAUGGUCAUUUCCGUCACUCGCGCAUCGGCAAUCUAAUUAGCGCCAGGCGCCGCCUAGAAGCAGAGCUUCAUGGACAGGAUGCAGGCUCUGAUUUACUGGAGGAUGAUUCCUUUCAAACCCCCAUCAUCCCCGCAUCGGAUAUCCCCGCGGAUGAAGAUUGCGACUCGAAAAACUCUAUGUGUCUUGAGCAUGACAUGGACGAAUCUGACUCAAUAUUUGAAAAGCGGGACGAGUCGACCUCCGCCGACCCGACUAGUAUCAGUACUGUAUUGCAGAUAGUCGAUGCUAGCUCACAAACCCCUUUUCAUUCGACUACUAGUUACUUUCCGACGACGAUAUCGGGUUCUAUUUACGCCACUGACACUCUAUCGAGCUCGGAUAGCUCGACUGUGAGCGUGAUUGCAAGUACGACUGCGAGUCCAAGUUUGACUGCGAGUGCGAGUGCGAGUGCCUCUAUAGAUUUAGGGUUAACCUCACCGACGCCUGCUCCUACCCAGCCGACAUCGGCACUACUAUCUGCAACGUCGCUUUCAAGCUUCUCGAACUCCACUCAAACAUCGUUGACCGCCACAAACUGCACAAGUCAACUUACAUCAUCAUUAGCAUCUGCCUCAGCCACAACCACCAGUUCGCUUACAGGGACUUCGACUCGCCUCCUCACCUCUUCUAGCUCUACACCUUCUGUUACGACAACAUCACCCCAGGCGCACAAUUAUUGGUCAUAUUCAGGCUCCUCCGGCUCCGGCUCUAGCUCAACUUUCAGCUCCAGCUCCAACUCCACUUCCAUUUACAUUUCUACUUCCGCUUCCGCUUCCGCUUCCAGUUUCAGUUUCAGUUCCGGCUCUGUUUCCAGCGCCAGUUCAAGCGCUAGUUCCAGCGCCAGUUCUAGUUCCGUCUCCAGCUCCAGCAUCAACUCCAGCUCCGGCACCGACUCCAGCUCCAGCUUCAGUUCCAGCGCCGGCUCCUCGACGAGCUCGGCUUCCAGCACAAGCCAGACAACCUCUUCAUCAGGUGUAUAUGGAGGCUCUGGGUCAACCGGCUCAGCAACUGGCACAGGAACCGCGCCAACUUCAAGCGAAACGCACGCUUUAGGGCAGGAUUCGACAAGCAAUCCCGACACACCUAAAAUUGUGGGUGGUGUAGUAGGAUCAGUUGCCGGUCUCGCUCUCAUUCUUUUUCUUUUAUUUUACUACCUCCGCCGCCGAGGAUUUCUUGUGGGUAAAGCGGGACGCCCCAAUAUGUUAGGAGACGCAGCAGCUGCGGCUGGGGCUGGGGCUGCGGCUGGGGUAGGGGCCGGUGCUGGGUCUAGAGAAAUGGUCGAGCGGCGCGAAAGCAAUGAUCCGCUCUUCACGGCCAGAUACCUCGCCCCCGCAUUCAUAAAGCGCUGGCGCCAGUCGACGGCAACAACGCGCUCUGGAAGCACUGUCGACUCUGGCUCCAGCGAGCGUGGGUUCCAAAAGAUUUCCGGUAGAAAGCUUCCUCCCGUCUUCACACAUGGUGGAGACGGAUAUGGGGGCGGAGUAGACGGCGAUUCUCCCACUGCACCAGGCUUCCCUACUCCCUCACCAGCAACCGGGCCAAGUGGAUCACCCUCCUUCUAUGCUCCUCCACCAACCUCGCCAUAUGGCGUGCCCCUGGACUCAAACUACACCCGCGAGGUCGAGGAACACACCCCGCCGACACGGCCCAAACUUCCGCACCUCCCAGUCUCUAAUACGGUCAACGUUUCCACUCCGAUCACUGUGACACCGGCUCACCCCGUUGCACAACCCCAGAGUGCAGUGCCGUUCCUGCCGCCGCGGCCGGAUGGGCUCGGCCGCAGUCUUCAUAGUUUCGACGGGAGUCGAAGCAGUCGCUUUACUGAGGUCAUUGAUCAGUAA